AUGUCGCUCGAUGGCGGGAUACCGGGAGCUCUGAACGGAGAUGGUGUGCCCACGGCCUCUCCUUCAAGGCGCUCGUCGAUUUCUCUGCAGGCUACAGCAACCCUCAACGCCGGCCUGCAGCGCGAGCCACCUUCUCGAGGCUCAGCCAGUCCCUUGUCAUUCCGCAAUCGAUCGCCCAGCACCGGCCGUCGUCGUUCUCAGAUCCUCGCAAACCUCCAUAUUGCCGACCCCUCCGUGCCAGCGCCAGGCGAAAUGGUGGCAGACGACCAGCCAUCCAACUACCAACCAAACAUUCCCCACCCCGUCACUGCGUCGCCUCGCUUGAUUGCCUCCGGGGUCCCCCACCAUACCCGAACCCCUAGUCUCGGUGAACUUCACCAAGAGCUCGAGAACGAGCAAGAGUUCCAUGUCAAUCGACUGCUCGCCCAGAUCCGCCAGUUGCAGGAGCAACUUCAGCGCCAACAGCAGCAGAACCAGUCGGCAGUCCUAGGAGACGAAACCUCUGACCGAUCAGCGCCGCUUACCAUCUCGACUUCGUCGCCGCAACCACUGGCGGCCUACCCGAGCUCGGGCUCCUUACCACGGUCGCCCGUCUUCCCGCGAAGCUCGUUUGACCUGGCCCGCGCCGAUUUGCGCCACCGGUCCAGAACACCUAGCCGGAACGCGUCGCCCCGGCUACGGUCCGCGUCCAUCAGCGCCGACAGCGGCGAGCCGUGGGCGCUGGGCGGCCGCGACGAGAGUGCCUUUUACCAAGCCGAGACGCAGAUGCUGAUUCGCGAGAACCAGAUGCUGCGGCAUCGAAUCCGGGAGUUGGAGCGUCAACUCUCGGAGAUGCAAGGCAACAACACGUCGGUGACGCAUGAACCGUCGCAUUCUUCCCAUCUGAACCAUUCCGUGUCGGCGUCGGAUGAGGAUUCAGCGAGUCAGACUCCUGUUGCUGCGUCGGAGGAGGAUUCGGCGAGGCAGACUCUUGCUGCUGCGUCGCAGUCAUCUGCCGUCAAGGCUGACUAA